UUGUGGGACAUAAACAACAGCCUUGGUUCUGUAUCCUGAGUAUAUGCGCUAACCGUGUUAACUGAUCUUAUUAAAUGAGAGACUGUCUGGCGUCCGGAAAACUAGUACGAUUUUUUGUUGCAACAUAUCCGGUACAAGGUCAGACAUGAGGCCCUGCUCACCUCUUCUGCUCUGCCUGGCAGCAACCCUGUCCUCUGCCUUUGUGAUUUCAUCCCCACACAUGUGGACCAAACUGAUCCUGACCCACCACUGGCCUAGCACCUUCUGUGCUAUGGAACAUUGUCAUCCCAACAUUAGCUACUGGACACUACAUGGACUCUGGCCAGAUAAAGGGAUUGAUUGCAACUCUUCAUGGCAUUUCAACGCUUCUCAAAUAGAGGACCUGCUUCCUGACAUGGAGAAAAGUUGGCCUGACUUGCUUCACCCCACCUCUACUGGCUUCUGGAAGUACGAGUGGCACAAACACGGUACAUGUGCAGCCAGAGCGGCAUCUCUGAAUAGUCAACAUAAAUACUUCAGCAAGGCUCUGGAACUAUACCACAAAGUGGAUAUGGAUGGCAUCCUGAGGAAGUUUGACAUCAUCCCUUCAGAAAAAUACUACACAUUUUCACAAAUUGAAGGUGUCAUAGAGAACUUCUACGGAGUUAAACCAAAGAUCCAAUGUAUCCACCCAUCAAAGAAUGCUGAUGCCCAGAUCUUGGGGCAGAUUGAGAUCUGUUUCAACCCUGACUUCACCCUCCUGGACUGUGAUAAACAGGGAGACUGGGACAAGCUCAUGGCCGUUGACAAGGCAUCUGGGUUCAGUGUGUGUGACCAUGAUAAGCCAGUUUACUACCCACCUCUUUCAUGAAACACAAACGUGCAAACUGAAAUGCAGCAGCUCACUACAACCAUACAUUUACACACUUUUACACAAAGACAGAAAAUAAAUGCUUUCUUUGUUUACCAGCCAACUGUACUGUAAUUUAGGAUACACACACACGCACACACACACACACACCUACUAACUAUAAUUUUAUUUUUCUCAGGCUUCACAUAAGCUAUGACCACAGCUUUAAUGAUAAUGUAUGUCAAAAAUAGCCUCACGCAAUCAGUGUAGAAUGAAAACAUCCAACUUCAUGAAAAUGCUGGCUGGGACUAGUACUUGAAAAUAAUCACCUUUAAGUGCAUUGUUCUUUUUAUAUCCUACAAAAACCAGGACACACACACUCCACUACUACGUAGCGUUUUAAUGGCAUUAUGUCCCUUCCUGGCUGUACUAGUAGAUGAGACCAACAGUGCACAGCAUGUUUUUCCAGGACACAACAAGAGGCACCGUGUAAAGUUUAGAUAAAGCCAGGCGGGUAGACAGACAGUUUGUGUAUUGCAUCUCCGGUGGUGUUGGCAAAUGACUGGGGCCUAGGUAUUUGUGUUUCUACAUGUGACUCUAAACUUCAUUUUUUCAUGAUUGUGUAGGUGUCAAACCGCAGUACACGUGUUGUGACUCUGCUGGCUGUAUUUGUACCAGAUUUGUGUGCUUAUGUGCCACCUAUUGAUUGCCAUCUUUUUCUUCCGGGGGUUGAUUGGAUUUUAGUUGUUACAUAAAUGCUUUUCAGCAUUAUAACUAAAUUAAUCCAAUGCAUCAAAAAAGAAAGUGUUCUAAUAUUGGGUAAGGUACAUAUUUUUGAGGGCUUUUAGGGAAAGGACCAUCAUUUUUAAACCCUUACUGCUGCUUUGUAACAACAUCUACAUCUUUUAGGCAUUAUAAACUAGAGGUAGUUAUCAUUAGCUACCCUGUGAUGUUUGCCAAGUACAUAAGACAUUAGUCAGUGUUGUGCUAUUGGCCUGGUUAGGUCUGUGUUGCUGAAAGAUACUGUUAUCACAUUUGUUAGCUUAAAACUAUAUUACUUUCUUUAUUUGCUUUCUAGUCUAAAAAUAGUCUUUUUAGACUAGAAAGUAAAUAUAUUAUAUGGGGUCUAGAAUGAAUGCUACACUUUCUUUAUGACCCAUGGUUGCACAUAGGUUCCACGCUCAGGAUGUAGCAAAUGUUUUGGUAAACACUAUUUAAUCUCCCCACAGAUUUGUACAAUGGCUUUUUUCUGUCAGUGCUGUUUGGUUUUGACUGUUUUUUUUGUAAAAUGAUUUUUGUAAUCACAGCUACAGUGGACAAAUGCUAUGGUUUUAAAUUACUGAGAUGAACAUUUGUACUUAAUGUCAAUAAAACAUUCAAUAUCUAGUCAGUCUACCCUGUAGUCAUCAGUG